GUCCCCCCCCCAUCUCAGAAGGUCCACCUCGUCUCCUCAGAAGAAAACAAGACGUUGUCUCGGCACUUGGUUUCCCCUGCGUUUCGUCAGGUCUGACAGCUCCUCGUAGAGACCCCACAGGUGUCAGAGAAGCGGGGGUUGCACCAGGAUCCAGGAUGCCCGGGCUGAUGAAUCGAUUUACGGGCGCCCCCCUGCCCCUCACCUCUGCAGAGAUCAGCUCCUGCGUCAGCGGCUAUGCUCUCGGGAUGACCGCCUCCCUGACCUACAGCAAUCCAGAGGCCCAGUCUGUGGAAGCCCUCUUCGUGUUUCCGCUCAAUGAGCACACGGUGGUCGUCGGCUUCGAGGCCGUGAUCUGCAGACGAAUCGUCACCGUCCAGAUUAAAGACAAAGCCAAAAUGGAUGAAUCGUACUACGACUACUGCAGCCUGUCCAGCGGGAGACUGCCCGACGGUAACGGGAGGAUUCUUCUUGAUGAAGAUUUGGAAAGAAUCAUCUUUGUGGCCAACCUCGGGGCAGUGCCGGCCCAGGAAAGCGUGUCAGUCCUGAUAAGCACGUCCUCCGAACUCCCCACACUCUCCAGUGGGGCCGUCCGUGUCCUGGUGCCUCCAGUCUGUGUCCCCCGAGUGUCACAUACCCCAGCGGAUGGCACCUUAGCUGCCGUGACUCCCCUCAGGCUGAGAGAGGCCGGAUUGUGCGGUGGCUCCAAGAAGCUCUGUCUGGCGACUUUACUGGAGACAGAGGCUAUAAAUGCCACGGAGUACGAGCUGACCUUCCACCUGGAGAUCCGGGCGCCCUACCUGUUAGCAGGUGUGGAGAGUCCCACCCACCAGAUCCGAGCCGACGCUGACCCCUCCGCUCCUUCGGCCAAGAGCAUCAUGAUCACACUGGCCAACAAGCACACGUAUGACCGACCAGUGGAGAUCCUCAUCCACUCCAGCGAGCCUCAUCUGCCGCAUAUCCUCAUGGAGGACGGAGAUAUGACCCCAUACGAGUACGAACAGUUCUUAAGGGGAAAGAGCGACUUCAUCAGGGGGACCAAGAAAGACCCCAGCCCCGAAAAGAAGAUGGAGAUAAUCCGCAAGCGUCUCAUCAAGGACAUCUGCCAUAACCCCGUGGUGAUGCUGAACUUCUGCCCGGAACUGAAGACGACCCACACCGACCUCAGCAAAACCCAAGGAGAAUUCAUCUUCCUCAUCGACCGCAGCGGAAGUAUGAGCGGCGUGAAUAUCACCAGAGUCCGGGACGCCAUGCUGGUCAUUUUGAAGAGUCUGAUGCCCACGACCCUCUUCAAUAUCAUCGGAUUCGGCUCAACCUUCAAGUCCUUGUUCCCCUGUAGUCAGAGCUACAACGAGUGGCCAUCGCCUGUGAGAGCAUCAAGAAGCUCCGAGCUGACAUGGGCGGAACCAACAUCCUGUCCCCACUGAACUGGAUCAUCCGGCAGCCAGUGUGCCGCGGCUACCCCCGCCUCCUCUUCCUGCUGACCGACGGCGCUGUCAGCAACACCGGCAAAGUCAUCGAGCUCAUCCGGCACCAUUCCUCAUUCACCCGAUGUUACAGCUUCGGUAUCGGGCAGAACGCGUGUCGGCGAUUGGUGCAGGGAGUGGCCAGCGUGUCCAAGGGCAGUGCCGAAUUCUUAAUCGAAGGAGAAAGACUACAACCCAAGAUGUUGCAGUCUCUGAAGAAGUCGAUGGCGCCGGUGCUGAGUGACGUCACGGUAGAGUGGGUGUUCCCAGAGAGCACUGAGGUCCUGAUCUCCCCCAUCAGCUCCAGCUUCCUUUACCCCGGAGAUCGCCUGGUGGGGUACGGCAUUGUGUGCAGCACCGCCCGAUUUCUCUCCAAUCCUCGUACAGACAAGAGGCGGAGGUACAGCAUGAUGCGCUCUCAGGAGUCGGGGAGCUCCGUGUUUUUCCAGUCACAAGAUUCAUCUGGAAGUGGAGGCUCAAGAGGCCAACAAGACGCCGGUCUCCCCUCCGAGCACAACGCCGAAUUCAUGAACGGCAAAGAGGAGCCUUCCGGAGAGCCAGAGGCCGCCGAUCCUGGAUUUCAGCGCAGAGCCUACAGCACCAGUCAAAUCGCCGACCACCAGCCACUGCCGCGGUUCCACACCACCAGUGACCCCAGCGCCGUCCAGGAGAAGAGCCCCGUGUGCCGCAUCCAGAUCCAGGAUCUCCAGGGUACAGACGAGACGAGCUCUGACAUUCAUGAUUCUCAGUCAUCUUUGUCCAUCAGCCCAUUUGUCAGCACCACAAUAAUUAGGGGUGCUGGGGCCAGGCGGCCAUCUCUUCUUCAGCAGAGCUGCCUCUCGUUCUGCCAUGACUGGGAAUCCCCCCCGACACAUGAGGGUCCACAAGGAUCAAACACUGGAAGCCCCUCAACCCAACAGGAGACCUCUCACUCCCUGAAAUCCUCCUCGGACAGUCAGCCUUUCAGCAGCCCGGGAGAUCUGGAUUGCCAUUAUCCAUGCUUCACAUUCGAGACCGAGGCAGCUUCUGAAGAGUCACCGCCAGAACAGAUCUCUGGUGCGAAGGGUCCAUCUUCUCAGGCAUCUGCCAUGUGUAAGGCUGUGGUCAGGGGUCUGAGAGGCAACCAUCCGAUGGAAUGGGAAAUUGCAUUCGACAUUCAGAAGCUGCUCAGGGAACGGGAGAACAGAGAUGAUGAUGAGAGCGACCUGUGGAACGAGACAUUCCAUCAUCUGGCAGCCAAGUCCAUCAUACGAGAUUUUGAGCAGCUGGCUGAGAGAGAAAGUGAGAUAGAGCAUGGUGUUCCGGGGCGCCGGUUCCAGCUGAACGCCAUUCACGCCAGCAAGGCCUGUAAUGUUAUCAGCAAGUACACGGCGUUUGUUCCUGUAGAUCUCAGCAGUAACUCCUACCUGCCCAGCGUGGUGGAAUACGCCAACACAGGUGCCGCUCUCAAGCAGGGCUCUCAGCGCAGCCUCAGCUCCGGAAGUCGCCGCCUGCGCGGAUUCUCCGUCGGUCUGGGGCGGUCGCAGUCCACGUGUGUGUCUGACCCAUCGGAGGAACGAUUUUAUAAUGUUGAUGAGUGCGCCAUAUCGCCUUGCACCAUGCCGGUGUCCUCGCGAUGGGAACACUGCAGCUUUCCACAAGUGGCCCCUCGCAGUCCAUCCGUGUCCACAUCUCAUUCUCAGAGAUCUAUAGAAAGUCUCUUUGCCGCCAGAUUGACCCUCAAUAAGACGAGACUCCUGACCAGAGCAGCCAAAGGAUUCAUGAACAAAUCUCCUGGAAAAGGCAGCGAGGAAAGUGAGAGCGAGAAAAACAUUGACUACCUACCCCUGGUCACCCUGCAGUUGGCUUGUGGAGCUUACCUACUGAACCAGGCCUUCGCAGAUGCGGCCAACAUCCCGAUAGACAAGCUGAAGUGGACGUCUCCAUUCACAAGUCACCGCACUGCCCUCAGCCCCAUGUCUCACGGUUCUUCUCCAUCACGUAAGGACCCUGCCCUCUCUGUGGUGAACCAGGGGCAGCUACUCACCCCAGCCGAAAAUCAUCAUGGCACACUGAACGGGUUUGGUGAAGACUCCUGCCAGCAGCCCCAUACACGCCACCUCUCCAGCAGUGCCUUGGACAGUCCUUCACGAUCCACAAAGUCAGAGAACGAGUUGACCCUCCCCUUCCUUCCCGUGCGGCGGUUUUCGUCUCCUGACAGCACUCAAGACUCGGCCUCUGUUCAAACAGACAGUGGAUUGGGGUCGGAGUCAGACACCACUGAGGUCCAGUCCUGGAUGGAGAACAUUGAGGAGCAGCGCAGGUCCCAUCCGGAGAGCAUGAUCUGGGCCACCGCCGUUGCCCUGGCCUGGCUGGAGAACAACUCCGCCGCUUACUUCAUUGAGUGGGAGUUACUGGCAGCCAAGGCCGACCGGUGGUUGUGCAAGCAGAAGAUCCCGGAAGGACGCACUUUGGCCACUGUCAAAUCCGCCGCCCAGCAGCUCUUCGUGUUGCUUCGACAUUGGGAUGAGAAUUUGCAGUUCAACGUCUUGUGUUACAACCCAAACAGUGUGUAGCACCCGGGACCGAGAGGGGCACUUCCUCGACCCCAAUGUCCGUGUGUAGUGGUAUGGCUGUCUUGUGAAGAGUUGUAUCAGUGCUAUCAGUAGGGUGGGUAUGAGGAGAGGUCUCCAAGGGGGGCAUCAAAUGCGUUAGUGGUAAUAGAGGUGACCUCCUGCCUCCAUAUGCCACCACCAUGGGCACUGUUGGCACCUUUCUUUAGGGCAAUGGUGUGCCACUGGGGGCCAUGGAGGCUACUCACCCUUCCUUGAGGGCCAAUAGUGAGAGCCCAUUUGCAUGUUAGGUCCUCUGUGAAUGUUGGGUACGCAGGGCACUGGUGAUUCUCCACACUGAUACCUUUGGUUGCGCCCUUCUGUGUAUGUCUAUGUGGUGGUCCGCCACACUACAGUCAUUGCAUGGUCUCUUGCCCCUUUGUGCCAAUGGUGGUCUAUCCCACUGUUUCUGGUGACGUACCCAUCUUCCCUGGUUUUAUGGGGGUCUUCCAGCUUUGUAUGUGUGUGUGGUAUGGAGUGUGGGCUCUGGGGCAUCGGGGGUCUGUGUGAUCCGUGUGUGUGGCCCAUGGUGCCCGGUUCUGUCUUCUCCAUGAGAACGUCCUGACUCUAUCAGCCAAGUGUUAAUCUAUAUACUGUGGUGUCCUUAUGGGGGGGGGGGGGGUAAAUAACUAAGCAGGAAUGUGGGAUCAGCUCUAUGCAUGGGGUCGGGGUUCUUCUUGUGUUUGAUUAUUUCUUUGUCGUCUGUGUCAGGUGACGGUUUUUCAAGGGGGGGGGGGGGGGGGGGUUGAUUUCCGUGUUCCUCUAUAAGCUGCACAUCAGAUCUUCCUUCUCUUUUUGCGCUUUAGUAUGUCCCGAUCUGUGCGUACCGAUGCAUUUCAUGACUUACACAAUGAAUAUUUACAAUCCGUCUUCCUGUAUCACACGCUGAGUAUACAUUCAUACAUUGUAGUUGUCAGAGUCAUGUGAUCCCUUGGACUUGGCAAGGUUUGGGGAAUUGACGGAUUUUCCAAAAUAGUUUGGAAAGGGGUCAAUUUAACCCUUUGCUUCAGUGUUUUUGGGGCAUCUGUUCAUGGGGGGGGGGGGGUGGACUCACUUUAAGGGGUGGCUCUAACCAGUCUCUGAUGUCUUCAGGGGUCUUCAUAGUCUCACCACCAUGGUCCAAGGGAUGAACCAGUAGCCCCACACGCCUCCCCGAUGGUCACAGGGUACUUAGUGAAGUAUUAAGUGGGGCUCCAGAUAACGAGCUCCCUAAUAUCUGAGUCUAGGGCAGUGCUUCCCAGCCAAGGUGCCUCCAGCUGUUGCAAAACUACAACUCCCAGCAUGCCCGGACAGCCAACGGCUGUCCGGGCAUGCUGGGAGUUGUAGUUUUGCAACAGCUGGAGGCACCCUGGCUGGGAAACACUGUUAGUGGACCAAGGGGCUGUAGGGUGGGCACCAGAUUAACCCCUUAUACAGGGGUCAAGUCCUGGGGGGGAAAAAGCGUGGGAACUCACCCAUGAUUUCCACUCAAGGGUUAGUCCUGCAGGACUCCUGCUAAUGGGAACUGUGUUCCUGCUCUGGAGAAAGUGCAGGAACUCCAUUCCUGCAGGACUUUAGCCCUGCCCUUAUAUCAGUUUCCCUUCUAUCAUUGCAAGGUCACUGGACUACUACUCCCACCAGUGCCAAGUGAAGCGACCAUUGGACCUCCUUGGGGGAUCAGCUCUGUGACUCAAGACCAAUACAUUUUACCCGCACUGAUACAUUGUAGCAAACUAUCGGGACUUGCACUGUUGAUAUGUUUAGGUCACAGAGCAGUGUUUCCCAAUGAGGAUGCCUCCAGCUGUUGCAAAACUUCAACUCCCAGCAUGCCCGGACAGUCAGCGCGCUGGUAGUUGUAGUUUUGCACCCUCGUUGGGAAAACAGAGGAUUGUCUGGACUGGAAACUUCGUAAUAAAUGUGCAGCUCAACAAAGAUGGAAAGAUGGAUUGUGUAAUAGAGUACGAGGUCAUUGUAUAGAACACAAAAGCCAAGGUGCUGAAAUGUGUAGAUAAUAGAACAAAAGUUCAGUCCUCAAGUCUUCUCUAUGGGGGAGAGAAAGAAGAAGAAGAAUAGAAAUAGGGUAAUAUAGUAAUAUUGAUGAGAUUAUACCAUAAAAAGAGUAGAAAUUAUUAAAUAAUAAAAUGAAAAAUAUACACAAAAGGGGAGAUGCCGCAGGGCCCUUGCAGCUCCCCCUGAGUAUCUAUUACUAAUAAUUAUAUACAAUAUAAAAGAUGGUGUGUGUGUAUAAAACACAUAAAAAAAUAAUAAUCUUAAACAGUACAAGUCCCACAGACGAGGGUCCAUAAAUAUCCUAUGAGGAAUAUUCCUGUAAAGAAAAAUGGGUAAAAACCAGUUCCCAUAUAUAAGUACCCCAAAUGCAGAAGCAUAAUGGCUUACUGCAGCGGUGUCCAAACUGUGGCCCUCCAGAUGUUGCAAAACUUUAACUCCCAGCAUGCCCGGACAGUCAAAAGCCUGUCUGCCUUCUGCUGAGGAUUCACACUGCCCCUGUAAGGUAAAUCAAGGCCUUUGUGCAGUGAUCUUAAAACUGCAGUCCUCCAGAUGUUGUAAAACUUCAACUCCCAGCAUGCCUGGACAGCCAAAAGCCUGUCUGCCUUCUCCUGAGGAUCCACACUGCCUCUGAAAGGUAAAUCAAGGCCUUUGUGCAGUGGUCUUCAAACUACGGUCCUCCAAAUGUUGCAAAACUUCAACUCCCAGCAUGCCCGGACAGGCCGGGCAUGCUGGGAGUUGUAGUUUUGCAACAUCUGGAGGGCCACAGUUUGGACACCGCUGGAUGACAGGACAUGGUACCCGGGGGAGCAGGACACCGUCCCAUCUACUUUCCCUUAACAGGAUCAUACGGACAGAUCUGCAGAGCGGCUCUAAGUGUUCUUUCCCUAUAAAGGAACGGAAAUACAUUGUAUCUACAUAAGACUGACUGCUGCCCCGAUACACAUCAGCGAUAUCCAUUUUCUUCGCACUCCCCCCCCCCCCCCACACACACACUUUUCUUUUCCAAACAUUCGAGGACUGAACUUUUGUUCCAUGGACUGGAAAUUGUUAUAACAAACCAUCGGCUGUGGGAAUUCUUAGGUCAGAAGAGAUUUUACUUUAUUACUAUUCUAGGACAGCAAGUGGAGAUCUUAGAAAUACAGAGUAAAACACAAUAAUAAUAAACAGAAAACAAUAAUAAUAACAACAAAUAAUCCAAAAUACAAUAGUAAUCAUACCAAUAAUAAACACUAAGUCUAUAGAAAAGUUGAAGGACAUUUCACAUGAUGAUUGAGCUUCAUUUAUAUCAGGUCCUUUAAGGGGAACUCCACUUCUAAUUGUGGAUGAGCCACUGUAUGGGGGGGUAUCGUACGGUGUAUCCUCUGUGUGGGGUGUAUCGUACGGUGUAUCCGAUGUGUGUGGGGUGUAUCUGACGGUGUAUCCGAUGUGUGGGGUGUUUCGUAGGGUGUAUCCUCUGUGUGGGGUGUAUCCUAUGGUGUAUCCUCUGUGUGGGGUGUAUCGUACGGUGUAUCCUCUAUGUGGGAGGUGUAUCAUAUGGUGUAUCCUCUGUGUGUGGGGUGUAUCCGUUCGGUGUAUCCUCUAUGUGGGAGGUGUAUCGUACGGUGUAUCCUCUGUGUGUGGGGUGUAUCGUACGGUGUAUCCUCUGUGUGUGGGGUGUAUUGUACGGUGUAUCCUCUCUGUGUGGGGUAUAUCGUACGGUGUAUCCUUUGUGUGGGGUGUAUCGUAUGGUGUAUCCUCUGUGUGGGAUGUAUCGUACUGUGUAUCCUCUAUGUUUGGGGUGUAUCGUACGGUGUAUCCUCUAUGUGUGGGGUGUAUCGUAGGGUGUAUCCUCUAUGUGUGGGAUGUAUCGUACGGUGUAUCCUCUGUGUGGGGUGUAUCAUACGGUGUAUCCUCUAUGUUUGGGGUGUAUCGUACGGUGUAUCCUCUGUGGGGUGGAUCGUACGGUGUAUCCUCUGUGUGAGGUGUAUGGUACGGUGUAUCCUCUGUGUGGGGUGUAUCAUACGGUGUAUCCUCUGUGUGGGGUGUAUCAUAUGGUGUAUCCUCUAUGUGUGGGGUGUAUUGUAUGGUGUAUCCGCUGUGUGGGGUGUAUCGUACGGCGUAUCCUCUGUGUGGGGUGUAUCAUAUGGUGUAUCCUCUAUGUGUGGGGUGUAUUGUAUGGUGUAUCCGCUGUGUGGGGUGUAUCGUACGGCGUAUCCUCUGUGUGGGGUGUAUCAUACGGUGUAUCCUCUCUGUGUGGGGUGUAUC